AAACCGACCACGGAUCCGACGGGCCGCAGGGCGCGCGGCCACUCCCCGGUCCCCCCACUCUGCGUUAUAUAGGGAGCGCACAGCGCCCGAGCCGCAGUAGUGCUCGCUCCCUUCCCUCCUGCAUCCGGAAUUCUGAUCGCGACCAUGGGAACCCGCAGCGUCGCCCUGGUGCUCCUCGCGGCCGUUCUGCUCCAAACCCUCCUCCCCGCCUCGGCGGCGGAGGGUUUGGUGCGGAUCGCGCUGAAGAAGCGGGCCAUCGACCAGAACAGCCGCGUCGCCGAGCGCCUUUCCGCCGAGGAGAAGCAGCGCCUUCUCCGCGGCGCCAACUCCCUGGGCUCGGGCGGUGAGGGCGAUAUCAUCGCGCUUAAGAACUACAUGAACGCCCAGUACUUUGGGGAGAUCGGCGUCGGCACGCCAGCGCAGAAGUUCACCGUCAUCUUCGACACUGGCAGCUCCAAUCUCUGGGUGCCGUCCUCAAAGUGCUAUUUCUCGAUUGCUUGCUACUUCCACUCGCGCUACAAGUCAGGGCAGUCAAGCACUUACAAGGAGAACGGAAAACCUGCUGCCAUUCACUAUGGAACUGGUGCAAUUGCUGGGUUUUUCAGUGAGGAUAGUGUUACCUUAGGUGGUCUGGUUGUGAAAGAUCAGGAAUUUAUUGAAGCCACAAAGGAGCCAGGCCUUACUUUCAUGGUUGCCAAAUUUGAUGGUAUUCUUGGUCUAGGCUUUCAGGAAAUAUCUGUUGGAAAUGCAGUACCAGUGUGGUAUAACAUGAUAAAACAAGGUCUCAUCAGCGAUCCUGUUUUCUCUUUCUGGUUCAACCGACAUGCUGGUGAAGGAGAAGGUGGUGAAAUUGUGUUUGGUGGAAUGGAUCCUAACCACUACAAGGGCAAUCACACAUAUGUCCCAGUCACUCAGAAGGGAUAUUGGCAGUUUAACAUGGGUGAUGUCCUGGUUGAUGGGAAGUCCACUGGGUUUUGUAAAGGCGGCUGUGCAGCAAUUGCAGAUUCUGGAACUUCCUUGCUUGCUGGCCCCACAGCCAUAAUUACUGAAAUCAACGAAAAGAUUGGUGCUGCUGGUGUAGUGAGCCAGGAGUGCAAGACUGUUGUUUCUCAAUAUGGUCAACAGAUCCUAGAUCUGUUGCUAGCUGAGACACAACCAGCGAAGAUCUGUUCUCAGGUUGGUCUGUGCACUUUUGAUGGCACCCAUGGUGUUAGUGCCGGAAUUCGGAGCGUUGUGGAUGAUGAAGCUGGGAAAUCUAAUGGUGGUCUUCGGAGUGAUCCAAUGUGCAAUGCCUGUGAGAUGGCUGUCGUAUGGAUGCAGAACCAACUUGCACAGAACAAGACCCAGGAGCUCAUCCUGAACUACAUUAAUCAGCUCUGUGACCGUCUCCCUAGUCCCAUGGGAGAAUCAUCCGUGGACUGUGCCAGUCUUAAGUCCAUGCCCAACAUUGCGUUCACUAUUGGAGGCAAAAAGUUCUCGCUGAAACCUGAGCAGUACAUUCUGAAGGUUGGUGAAGGAUCUGCUGCUCAGUGCAUCAGUGGAUUCACUGCUAUAGAUAUCCCACCUCCUCGUGGCCCCCUCUGGAUCUUGGGUGAUGUUUUCAUGGGAGCCUACCACACCGUCUUUGACUACGGCAAGCUGAGGGUUGGCUUCGCGGAUUCCGCCUAAGGAAGGAUGGUUGGGCGCCUCGUCCAGAGGUGAACGCAUGCGCCGGGAGAGACAAGUUUACCCUGUUUUAACUUGCGUAUUUAUCCGGCCGGCGAUGUGUGUAUAUAUGCCACAUGUUUAGUAAUGCUUUCCGAGACUCGAGAUGACGACCGUCUGUUUUAAUAUGGCAAGGAUAUUUCUGGAUGUAUUUGCCAUCUUGAUUCGGCUUCUUGUACUGAACUGACCCCUGGUGAGGUGGCAUAUCUUUUAACCUUUGUGUUAUGCGUGAGAUAUGCGCACUCAAACCUGAUGGUAUGUUUUUAUCGCAUGGUUAGGUAGUUUGUGAUAUCACGGUGUUGGUUGUUGAUGUA